CAGCUCUCAGCAUUCAACAAGCUUAAACCUCAAGCCAUCAAAGCACCAAUAAUAUCAAAGACAAUAUGAUGUUCAAAUUUGUGAUCCUUUUCUGUGUGAUUGUCGCUGCUGUCGCUAAGCCCGGAGUGCUUUCUUCCUCAGUUGGUAUUGCGGCUACUCCAACCAUUAUUUCGGCACCAGCAGCUGCUGCUGUUAGUGUUUUGAGGACAUCCCCAAUAGCUACUUUGGGUACAAUUGCUUCGCCAUUGACAAUAAACAGUGGUUUAGUUUCGAAUGGCUUGAUCUCGAGUGGAUUAAUCUCUGGUGGAGUUUUGAGUGAUGGACUUUUAUCGGGUGGCCUUGUGUCAAGCAGCGGUCUUGUUUCUGGUGGGCUUUUGUCAGGUGGAAUUGUAUCUGGUGGACUUGUAGGCAGUGGAAUCGCUUCAAAUGGACUUUUGUCAAGUGAUCUUAUUUCUGGAAAAGUGAUUUCAAGUGGAGUUAUUGGUUCUGGCAAACAGUUAUUAUCCUCUGAAGGUUUGGUCUCGAGUGGAUUGGUAUCAAGUAAGCUUAUUCGUUAG